AUGGCCAAAGAAGAUCCUCCUCUCGUUGACCGAAUUUCCGAUGCAUCAAAGAAGGCAACGAACGUAUUAGCACAAUGGUGGAAUCUUGCAACUGCUGAUAAUCGUCCUCCUUCUAAUCCGGAAGACUUGGUUCCAAUAAAGCAGUUGCCUAUUUACGGUGAGGACGAAAGUCCUAAACAAUACAAAUUUGUGAUGGAGGAGCCAUUGCCUUUGCAAAGAGAGUUCGCUACUGUGCGAAAAGCAUUUACUACUGAGUACGAGAGAGUAGCGGGUAGAUUCAAAACCGUUGACAAAACGCUGACGAAGUCGAAGGAGAUGCUAUCUAAAACAAAGUCUUAUUUGGAUAAUGAGUGGACAGUACUUCCCAAGGCAGCUGCCAUUACAGUUGGUGGUAUGGCUGGAUUUGUAUUAGGUAUGAAAAGAGGAAUCCCUGGGCGAACAUUCUCAACUGGUCUUGGUUUGGUCACCAUGGCAGCCUUCUGCUAUCCUCACGAAACAGUUGAUGUGGUCCGCGUGGGUAUAGCUCAUUCAAAGAGUGCAUGGGAGCGGUUCCAAGAAUCUCCUGAACCACCAAAGAAGUCAGAGAUAGACUUGAGCCCCCCGAAGUGA